AUUUUUCUCCACAUUAAUUGUUGGUUAUUUUUAGAUUUUGUUUCAUUUAAUUUAUCUUUUUAAUUGUUUGGUUUUCAAUUUCUUUUUUUGAUUAUUUUCUUGUAAUUACUUUUGUGACUCUUGGCUGUUUGAUUUGUUUGUGUUUUCUUUAUUGAAUUCAACUAUGGAGGUUAAACCUUUCGAAAAGAUUGCCAAUCAAAUUAAGUAUUACUUUAGUGAUUUUAAUUUGACUCGAGAUAAAUUUAUGCAAGAACAAUUGGUUAAAAAUGAUGGUUGGAUUCCAUUGAGUGUUUUAUUAACUUUUAAAAAGCUUGCUGCUAUUACUGAAGAACCUGAUACAGUUGUUAAAGCAAUUAAAUCAACCAACUCAGAUUUUAUUGAAAUCGAUGAAGAAGGUACCAAGAUACGAAGAUCUUCCAAAUUUCCAUUACCAGAAAAAACUGAUGAAUAUAAAGAAGAAGCCAUUAAAAAGACUCUUCAUGUUAAAGGAUUUCCACUGGAAUCGUCAUUUGAUGAACUAUGGUCAUAUAUGUCAAGCUUUGGUAGACUUGAGUCACUUUUAAUGAGGAAAACAAAGAAAGGAGUUUUUAAAGGAUGUAUAUUGGCCGUUUUUAAAUAUGAAUCAGAUGCUGAAAAAACCCUUAAUGACGCACUUAAUUACAAUGGAAAAGAAUUGUUAAAGGAGAAAGAGUUGAUCCAUCUAGCUCGAAGGAAGGAAUAUUUUGAAAAGAAAAAGAAAAAACCUCAGGGUGUCAAGCGACCACUUCCAGAAGAUGAAGGUGACGAAGGUGACAAAGAUGACAAAUCUCAAGUUGAUGUAAAGAAAAGAGGUUGAAAAAAGUGAUGACCACCAGCUUCACCUUUAUAUUGGAAUUCCGGAUUUUUUGGUGUUAAAUCAAUCACAGGACAAUAAAGUUUAUUUCGAAAAACUGAA